UACAUUCACGCAACGAAAAAAACAAAAGCCGAUGGUGAUUCUCACAUCAAGUCCCGACUGUCCCGAGUUCAGAAAUCAGAACAGUUCAGAAGUGUUCGGAAGGUCGAGCCGAGCUGCUUUUUGUGAGUCGUUCUCUGUGGCGAUCGUCGCAAGUUAACCAAAAUGCCUUACUACGCAGUGGCCAACGGUCGUACAACCGGAGUUUUCGACAAUUGGGAGGACUGCAAGGACCAGGUUCACGGAUAUUCUUAUAACAAUUAUAAGAAGUUCGAUACCCCGGACCAAGCUUGGGACUUUGUUGACCAGCAUUCUUCAAAAGGAAAACUGGAGCAAUCAUUUAGUGACGACAGUAAACAAGUAGCUUGUCGAAAUAAUAAUCAAGUUGCACUCCAGGGUGAAGCUAGCGGCUAUCGACGCACCGAUUGCACGCAAGGAAAAAAUGGCGUCAUCAUACGUGAACGUUCUUAUACGAGUGGCAGGGCUGGAAGCGGAUAUUUUGUUGAGAAAUAUACGCGCACAUACUGGAAAAACAACUAACGAGAUGCCCGAGGAAAAUCUUUGCUUCUUUACGUACUGAAGAGAUUACCAUAUAAAGUAACCCCAUGAACAUUUCAAAGAAAUACUUGUUAUAUAAUCAUUAAAUAAUAAUCGGUUAAAACGCAUUUAUUUUUAGUUUUAUAUAUUAUUUAAGUUGAUUGAUCUUGGUACAUUUUUCUGGUUAUUGGGGUACACUUCGCAUGUCAUUAAUAAAUAAAUAAAUACUGCUCUUUAUUCA